AUGGCCUCUGCAGACGAAGACAAUUUUGACAUUGAUAUUUACGGCGAUGGCGAGGUCGAUAUGGGUAACGAUGGUACCAUGGAUUACAAGGCGGAGGACGAAGAUAUUCAGCUGCAGACGGAGGAAGAUGUGCCCGUAUUAGCGGAAGAGACACAUGCGGCGCCCGCAAUUGAAGACAAACAGCCUAUCUCAAGUCCAACUGCCUCUAUUGCCAAGGGAAAACCCGACGACGUCGAAGCCGAACAUUCCGAUUCCAUUGCCUCCAAACCCGUCCCACAGCAAGGUGUCAAACGUAAAGAGACCUCGGACGAGAGACCCAUCGACCACGGAGCUACCAACGCUUUGAUGAUUUCAGACUUACAUUGGUGGACGACCGAGGACGAUAUUCGUGGUUGGGCUAACGAAGCAGGGACUGAAGACGAACUGAAGGACCUGACUUUCAGUGAACACAAGGUCAAUGGCAAGAGCAAAGGCCAAUUGUAUCUCGAGUUUUCUUCGCCUCAAGCAGCGACUGCCAUGAAGCACAAGAUCGACUCACUAGCGGGCAGCCAGCCUGGCUCGCGCAAACACUCUGUCGUGUACACUAAUGCCACUCAGAAUCCGUUCAAGACGCUCCCCAAAGAUGCGCCUGCUCGAGUCAGGGAAGAGAGACCGGUUCGCGGGGGUUCAUUUAGUUCUGGACCUCGCUCUGAUACCAGCUACGGCAUGAACAACCAAGGCUUUCGAGGUGGCCGGGGUGGCGGGUUCAACCGCGGUGGUUAUAACAUGCACAAUCAGUACAACCGCAAUUUCUCUGGUCCGAUGGGUGGCUACAACAGCAACAAUAACCACCAAAACAUGGGCUUUCAGAACAACAUGGGGAUGGGAGGUAAUUACGGCGGCUUCAACAAUAGGGGUGGGAUGAUGGGCAACCCCAUGCGAGGCGCUAUGGGUGGCAUGCGCGGAGGCCGUGGGGGCAUGAACACCAUGAUGCCCAUGGGUGGUGGAAUGGGGAUGGCAAAUAUGGGCAUGAAUCCCAUGAUGGCUGGAAUGGGAAUGGGAGGCUUUCAAGGAAACCAGUUCAAUCCAGGAAUGUUCAACUCCACUCCAGGUCAGAAUUUUGGUGGCGGCGAUUGGAAUCAACACGGAGCGAAACGUCAGCGACAGGAGUAG